AUGGUCGGAACAUUCGGAAGUCGGGCUUCAUGCUGCGAGAUUUGCACCUCUGAGCGGGUUAUAUCCCCUGUCUUGGUACUUUCGCUGCAUGGUCUGAUCGUGACGGACGUGGCAUGGCACAGGGCAGAACUUUGGCAAGAUGAUGGCCUGUGGUACCGUUUCCUGCGGCUGCUUGUGCUGCUGACGGUCGCGUGCUACUUGCGCACGUCUCUGACCGAUCCAGGGUUCUUACAAGUGGGUGGCCAGCCAGCCCACACUACAUGCUGCAGUGCGCAAGGCUGCAUGUUGUUAUGCUGCGCUGCGGCGGUUUCAAUGAGUGAAUGGAAGGGAGCUUCCAAAGAGGGAAAACCGAUGAUGCUUCCAGAAGUAGUGGGUGAUGGCUUUGAAAGCGAAAUGAAAGUCCUUCCCAGCGAUGCUGCGUCCUCCAGCCAACUCGACAAUGCAUCUCUGGACUUCGAUUACGACGAGGGCAUCCUGAAAAGGCGAGGACCUGCCGAAGAUUUGGAGGCAGACAACUCACCAGGAACGCAGCUGCGCUGGUGCAAGCGGUGCCAGUUGCACCAACCGCUUCGGACAAAACACUGCCAUGACUGUGGCCGAUGCGUGCGGACCCACGACCACCACUGCCCUUGGAUUGGGAGCUGCGUAGGUGAAAACAACCGAGUGCUCUUCUUCUGGUAUCUCCUGCUGCAGUGUGUUGAGCUUGCUGCCUUCUUUUAUGAGGGCGUGCAGGGCAUUUCCCUGCUGGAGCCGAGCGUGGUUCUUCUCGUUGGCCUCAUCUUCAUAGCUGUCUUCUUCCUCAUGGUAAGCUGUCUGCUCUGCUUCCACACGUUCUUGAUGCUUGCCAACCUGACCACCUGGGAGCACAUCUCGUGGUUGCAAAUCACCUACUUGAAGCCGCUGAAGGCCGACUCUGGCUCGCCGUUCUCCCGCUCCAUCGUCUGGAAUAUGGCAGCCUACUGCUGCGGCCCGCUCUGGUGCCCAGCGUCGCUGAGACGCCUCGCCUCACUUCGGUAUUCUGAGGAGGGCGGCAUCAUCUGGGAGAUGUCAGAGCAGCGUGGCAUGCCAGUUGCCAGCUUGAGCGCGCGGCAAACGCCUCCUCCGGUCCCGGUGACCGAUGAGGCGGAGUUGGAGAAGCUGUCCAUGCUGCGUCGGCUGUCGAGCUCCAAGUCGGAGUCCAGCCUCCGAGCCCGCACUCCGCAGCGCUUGGGAUCCCCUUUGGUGGUCCUGCAAAGCUCCCAGGAGGUUCAACGGAAGCCGACGCUCAGCGCGCGCUCACGGUCGAAUUCAGGGCGAUUGAGCUCGCCGCCAGAUGACGUCGAGCAACCUCGAGAAACUUGCCCCGUGAGCACCUUGUUUAUGGUGGUCCAGGACAUGAUGGCUUUGAAGUACAGCAUGCAGCUGGAUGAGUUUGACUUCGUCAGCAAAGCUAAGGCCCCGCCAGGCUUUCAGGUCGCAAUGAUUCUCGAUAGCCUCGAGUGCGUCAUUCUUCAAGGAGACAUGUCGAUGCCAGUCGUGUGUACGGCACGGAGCAGCGUGGCGAAGAGGGUAGCCAGAUCCUUUGAUGAAGUGUGUCAACCUGGCUAG